UGAUGAUCCAGAGCCUAUGAAAGAUCUAACGUCCGAUUCGAGAGACAAACUGCUGUUGUUAUCACUGAAACGCAGAAGACUACACAAAAACGAUGAGUGCAUCCAAACUUCAGGAAAGCAGUGAAGUGAGAAUCGCACAUUCUCUACAUACAGAUGAAGAGGAGUUUGUAGCCAGAAGGAGAGAAACUGUUUUUCAAAGCCUGCAGAAACUCAAUAUACACUGCAGUCAGGAUGAAGUGCCAAACAUUGCAUUACUGGGUUCUGGAGGAGGACAAAGAGCCAUGGUGGGUUUGCUGGGAUCCCUGGAUCAGCUUGAUAAAGCGGGUCUUCUGGACUGCAUCCUUUAUCUGAGCGGAGUCUCUGGAUCCACCUGGUGCAUGGCCUCUUUAUACCAAGAACCAGACUGGUCCACCAAACUAGAGACUGUGAAGGACAAAAUCAUUGAGAGACUCAGCGGUCCUGCAGUCAGCUGGGGAGACGCAUUUGACAAACUGAAGAAAUAUUACAAGAAAGACUUUUUCAGCUUGACUGACGUCUGGGCAGCGAUGGCCAUCACAGAAUAUGUGAAGGAGAUCGACGAAGUCACACUCAGAGAUCAGUGGGACCACCUCAGUAAAGAUCCAUUUCCCAUCUACACAGUGAUUGACACGCAGUCCAAAAAAGAGAAGGAGAAAGGAGGAGACAAAGAUGACCCCUGGUUUGAGAUCAGUCCACUUGAAGCUGGUUAUUCUCUCACUGGAGCGUUUGUGGAAACAUCCAGCUUCGGCAGCAAGUUUGACAGAGGCUCAAAGAAAAAUCCUCAGGAUGGAAUGGACAUGCUGUACCUGCAAGCUCUGUGUGGCAGUGCUUUAGCUGAUCGAAGCGAGAUCUUUAAAUACCUCUGGCAAAAAAUAAAAGAUCUCUUUAAAAAUUUAACACCUCUAAUAGAAUCGGACACGUUUGAGGAAAUGAUGAAAGAACCAAAAGCCCCACCUGCAUACAAGUGUUACCAGGUGCUCAUAGAUCUUGUGGAAGUGAAUCUCGCGGUUUUAAAUGGCAAAGAUUAUUCUGCUCUUGUUCAGACCAUCAAAACCACACUGGAAGGUGAGAUGUUCCUAAAGUCUGCUAGAAUUCAUUUUGCAGAGCUCGGUGGAGGCACAAAUCACCUGAUUAUCCCAGGGGAAAAAACUCUUGCUGAAAAACAAGCUGCUAAUUUUGAUGUGAAGAAAUUCACUGAGCAUGUGUUAAAGGAUUUGAGUUGUUUAUUCAGUUCGGAUUCUUUUGAUCUUGUGUGGAGCAUUUGUAAAUGUUUGACUUGGUGGAUCUGGGGCAGGAAUUAUAACUUCCUCCACAAAAUGAAAAACGAAGCAGUGCCUGCUGCUCUUCUGGAAGGUGAGACGAGAGACUAUGAAGAUGCGGGACUGUUGCUGAACUCACCCUACUUCUCAGUGCUGAGAGAAGAAAGAAACAUUGACCUCAUCAUUUCCCUGGAUUUCAGUGAUGGCGAUCCUUUCAAGACAGUGAAUACAACUCAAAAACUGUGUGAGGAACUAAAAAUCCCUUUCCCUGGAGUCAACCGUGCCAGAGAAAACCCAAAGAACCCAGAGGGCUUCUAUGUGUUCAAAGGCACAAACACUCCAACCGUGAUUCACAUCCCUCUGUUUAAUGUGAUCAACUGUAAAGGAAAUAUUGCGGCCUGGAGGAACAGAUAUGCCACCUUUCAAGGUUCUUACAGUCGUAAGAUGAUCACUGAUCUUAUGGAGGUCGCUGGAAAAAACAUCUCAGACAACAGAGAGAAACUGCUGGAGCAGAUUCAAGCAGUCAUUGACCAAAAAAGACACGAAUGA